UAGAAUUUAUUAUUGGUAGAAACACUCGAGCGAGCUCGACCGCUUGCACGCGGAUAUGACCUCGUAACACUCAUCGGAGACUCGUAGAGACGAUCGCACUGAAAAUGGGAAAUGGAAAAUGCAAACGAUGAUAACAAUGACGUUCGUGCCCCGCGGUCGUAACGCGCGCGCACGUCAAGGCGUUCGAACGCCUUGAAUUCCCCGCUUGGCGUGUUUCUUUCACCUUCUCCUACUCCUCCUACGCCUUCUCUUCGUCAUUAUUUUUUUUCUACUUCGUCGUCUUCGCUUUUCGUAUUCGUCUUCUUCGUUAUCAUUAUCCUCGCCUUCUCCCACAUUUUCUUUCUCUUAUUCUUCUUUCCUUGUUCAAUUACACGACGGUACGCGUCAACAGGCGCCUUAUCGACAUUACACCUGGACAAGCAAACCGAUAAAACUAUCGACGUAUUCUCGAAAGGGAGUAGCCACAUCGGACGAGUGUCGAUGCAGCAUCGACGAAUUUAUAGAGUUCUGAAAUGCGGGAAAGUUCUUUUUGGAAAAUUCAACGAAUGACGAAGAAGCUAAACAGAAACACUCUUAACUAAGAAAGAAAAAAGAAGAGAGGAAAAUUCUUUGGGAAAGAUCGUCGAGGUAAAGUUCAUGUUGAAGGAAAUCCGUCUGAAAAGAAGAUCGGAGGAUUUUAUGGUGAAAAAAAAAAAUCUCAAAAAAUCGGAACGUCUUCUGGGUAUCGAAAAUUUGUAGAUCUUAGUGACCGAUGGACGUGACGGAAAAGUGACAGCAUCGACAUUGCGGAAAAAAGUCAGCUGCUAAAGUUUCACAACAUUUCUUCAAAUCAUAAUAAGGAAGGAAGCAGUGUGGUCGAGACGAAUUCGCAAGACCGGAAUUUUCGAAUAUUUGCUUCACGUUUCGCGAAACGUUUCCGAAAAAAAAAAUAGAUAAAUAGAAAUAAACAAAAAAUGAAGAAAAUAUAAAUAAAUAAAUAAAGAGAAAAGAAAAGAAAAGAAAAGAAAAGAGAAGAGAAGAGAAGAAAAGAGAAGAGAAGAGAAGAGAAAAGAAAAGAAAAAGAAAAAGUAAAUAAAAUAAAAAGAGAAAGAAAGAAAGAAAGAAAGAAAGAAAGAUAGAUAGAAAGAAGGAAAAAAAAAGAAAUCGAUUAUAAUUUCGUUCGUGUUCGUCUGAGAAAAUCUCGACGUUUGCGUUCCCUUGUAAUGCGCAUGAAAAGUAUUCACGUGCGUAGGACGACGCGACGAGAAGCGAAAUACGCAAAGACCGGUAACGUUUGGGAAAGGACGCCGACUGCAUUCCACCCGAAUGAAUUCACUGACCGGAUCUAUACGGACCAGGUGGCUUGCGUCACGGCUUUUCUCAAGAUAAUGCGAAGCCUGGAAAGAUUGUCUGGUAGCGAUCAGGAUUGCGGUGAUCAGGAGAUGUACAUCGAUUUAGACGACGCUUCCGUUGACUCGCUUACAGGAAAACGCAGUCGCCAUCAUGUCGUUGGCACCGAGGUGGGCGAGGAAAGUGACAGCAGCGGUAGCGAGAGAAGCCCGAAGCAAGCGAAAAGAAGAAAUCGCGGUGGACCACCGACGACACGGAGGCGGAAGAGCGGAAUUUCUGCGCGCGAGAGAAACCUCAGAAGGCUCGAGAGUAACGAGAGAGAAAGAAUGAGGAUGCAUUCGCUUAACGACGCGUUCGAGCAAUUACGCGAAGUAAUACCACACGUCAAAAUGGAGAGGAAGUUAAGCAAAAUAGAAACACUAACAUUGGCAAAAAAUUAUAUAAUGGCAUUGACAAACGUGAUAUGUGAGAUGCGUGGCGAGGAGCAGCCCUACACAUUCGUCGACGGUGAAUGCGGCUCGAACAGCGGGGACAGUACAGGUCAAUUGGAACUGAGCGGUGGCGAGCAACUCGAAGAGGCAUCACCAGCGUCCAUCCUCGAGACAAAUAAUAAUAGCUUAUUGCACGAAGAUUUGGAACGCAGGAUACCUUAGCCGCCUUAGCUUUGGAAAGCUAAGGAUCGCUUCUUCACGAUAAGAUCCCGGUAUUCAGCGAAGCAUUCAUUCUCUACGACUGUCAGCAAAUUCGAUUUGCAAAGCAGGAAGCGAUACCUCGCAGGAAAGUUAACCAAAAAGGCAGAGAAACGAAGGACGAUGAGGAGGAAAAAGAAUAAGAAGGUGAUAAAAAAAAGAGGAAGAUGCGAAACGAUCUUUCGACUCGUAUGCACGGAUAAAAGUGAGCGGGGGAGAGAGAGAGAGAGGGAGAGAGGGAGAGAGAGAGAAAGACGACGAUAACUUAUACAUAUACAUAUACGCGCACAUAUAUAUAUAUAUAUAUAUAUAUAUAUAUAUAUAUACACAGGUAGUUACUACCAUUACGAAUCAAUUCGUUCCAAUCUCUCUUUCAUAAAGUGAAAACUCAUAUUUCCUCUAUAGACGUAAUGUUAUUAACAUAUUUUUUUUAUUCCUGACGAUUAAUUUCUUUCUUUGGAAAUCUUAAUAGUAUUAAAUAAUGGAGUAUAGAUCAUUUUGAUAUUAUAUUAAUAAUUAGAAAAAAAGAAAAAAAAAACAAAAAGUCGAGAACUACUUGCAUAUGUAUAUGUGAGAUAUAUGUGUAUAUAUUCGGCUAAUUCGCAAUUAAAAUGGUCGUCGUAAAACCGAUCGAGAUUUAUCGAGGACUAUGCAAUUUGAUUUUACGACGCACUCCGUCCAAGGCCGACUUCAAGAGAGAGAUCUCUCGAAGGUCGACCGGCUGAGAAGUUCGGCGAAAAAAGAGCGUCCGCGCGAGCAGCGGAUCCGUUUUAUACUUUCCCUUCGUUUUCUUCGUUCUCCGCGAUGAUACUUCAACUUGAGUUGAAUUUUUGCGUAACUUUGCGAGCAGUUGACGAUCUUUUUCUUUUUUUCUUUCGAAGGAAUUUUCAUUUUAUUCUUAUAAUCUUAAAUGACGAAAUCCAAGAUAGUUCGAUGAUGUUGAAGAACGAGCGACUAAAUUUUUUUCUUUUUUUUUUUUUUUUUUUUUUUUUUGUCUUUAUUCGAAACACCAUGGAAUCGUAAAAUUCUUUCGGCAUUUACGUCGCGAUGCAAAUAAUAAUAAUAAUAAUAGUAAUAGUAAUAAUAAUAAUAAUAAUAAUAAUAAUAAUAAUAAUAAUAAUAAUAAUAUUAAUAGUAAUAUUAAUAAUAAUAAUAUUAAUAAUAAUAAUAAUAAUAAUAUUAGUAAUAAUAUUAGUAAUAAGAUAAAUCCUCAUACUCGCAUUCGUUCGCGUUCCCGUUCUUCGAUGUAAAAAAUAACAUAAUAUUAAUUAAACCGUCUUAACGAAUCGCGUCGGAACCAUUAUGCGAGAAAGAGAGAGAGUUGUGACAGCUGAUAACACAUCCGAUAUCUCGCUAGAUAUCCUUUUCGGAUACACGCGUAACCAAUAACUAAAUAAUAAGUCUACGUGAUCGUGUUUGAAAAAGAGAAUUCCAAAUUUACUUCAUUAAUAUUAUUUAAAUAUCGUUCGUAUGUCAUUCUUUCUUUGACUUCGAUAUUAUCUAACGUCAAAUUUUAUUAAGUAUCGAAAUAAGAAGUUCAAAAUUCCAUCGAAGAAAAAUUCGUCGAUUAAACAUCAUUAAAUCGUUUCUUGAAACUUUCUAUCGCUUUUCGUUUCGAGGACUUUCAAAGGCGUUAUUGACAGUCAUGUUGUAUCGAUCAGAGUGAGAUGAAAAAAAGAUAGAAGAAAAAAAAGAGAAGAGGAAGAAAGAAAGCGAAAAACUGUGAUAGAAUUUCGUAUUAGAAACUCAUUUCGUUCCGGACGAAAUCCUGUGAAGUUUAAAGAGUUGGGUGCUGAAAUUCGUGCCGUGUUGAUCCUUUCAGAGGGUUCAUCGACAAUCUUUUUUUCCAUCUCGUUCGAGUGCCUGCACAUUACGAGGGAAACGUUCGUCCGAAAUUAAAAUGAACGUGCGACGUACGACAAGUGAUAAAAAGAGAAAAAUAGAAGAAGAAGAAGAAGAAGAAGAAGAAGAGGAACAGGAAGAAGAAGAUGGAAAAAAGAAGAUAAAAAUGCGAGCAAGAAGGAAGAAAAAAAAGUAAGGAAAAAAAAUGAAGAUGAGCGAGCAAUGUUCUUUUUAAAAUCGGUGUACGCGACGGACUAUAAUCGAACGCGCAAAUCUUGUAUUAUUUCGAGAAUAGGGACCAGAAACUUCGAUUUAAGUUACCAAGCCUCAUAUAUUCGUCGAGGUUGAUCGCAUAAAUUGCCUCGUGCAAUCGAGUUACCAAACGGCAUCUCUUUUUUGAUAAAAAGGGUAAAAGAUUAUCGAGUAUCGUAUACCCAGCUAAUAUUUUCGCGCGUAUAUAUUUUGUUAAGGUAAAAUUCUCUCAUAUCUUCUCUUGUCUAAGGGGUUUUUGUACUCUACUCGUACUCACCUUAAUUUCUUCUUCGUGCAUUUAUCUUAGUUUAUUAUCUUUAAUUCUCCUUCUAUACGAUAAUCGCCUUGCUACUCGAAUAUAUUUUUGAGUGCUGGUGCAAUGCGCCACUAUGGACACUUUAUUUAUAAUAUAUGCGGAUUACGACGCAGGUAUGUAUGUAUGUAUGUAUAAAUGAAUGAAUGAAUGAAUGAAUGAAUGAAUAUAUGUAUGUAUGUAUGUUGUAUGUAUGUAUAUACGUAUGUAUGUAUGUAUGCACGUAUGCAUACAUGCAUUCAUGCAAGUACGGGAUAUGAUCGAGAGUAUUCGACAAAUUCACAGAGAAUAUCUAUCUAUUUUAUAAUCGUUCGUAUAUGCGUCUAUCCUUGUACAGAGCUUAUCAAAGUAAGUGAUCAAACUUUUGAAGCAUUUUCUUUUCAUUGAUCCUCGAGAACGAAGAAAAGAUCUAUUGAUGUAGGUUCCUAAAAUGCGAAGCUUCAUUAACUCUUGACUUCAUCCAAAUUUUUAUUUCAACGAUUAGUAAAAUAAGCUUCCAAAGUUCGUUCACUUGCUAUAGGAAAACUCUGUAUAUACUUCGAUUAUUGUAUACGUGCUGAUAUCGAUAGAAAUAAUUCGAGUGUCCUUUUGAUAUAUCGAAAGGAAACAUGUAUCAUUUAUAUACGCACACGCGUGCGUGCGUGCAUCACACAUUCAUUAAUUCUCGACUUAAACAUAUACCGGGAUGAACGCACAUAUGCAUAUAUACGUACAUACAUAUAUAUGUAUAUAUAUAUAUAUAUAUAUAUAUAUAUAAUAUUAUAUAUAUAUAUAUAUAUUUGGAAUAUCUAUUUUUAAAAACAUUCUAUAUAUGUGUAUAUAUAUAUAUAUACAUAUAUGUGUGUGUAUGUAUAUACAUAGCUAUACAUACAUCGAGAAAGCAUAAUAUAUUGUUAUACGAUGAAGAGUCUCAAAAGUGCAAUGUUUUUUUUUUUUUUAGUCGUCUUUCUCAUUUAAGAACGAGACUUCGGAAAAUAUAAAGUCUCCUUACACUUAAUACAUAUAGAAAAAGGAAAAUCUAUCGUAAACCAAUGAUUAUUUUCUUUCGAUAGAAUAUUUCUUCCAUAUAGUUCCGAUCGUUGUAAUGGACGCGUGAAAAUUUUCGAUAUUUAAAAUUAUAAAGCCAUUGCGCUUUCCGUAUAAUUUUCCCCUAAUAUGCCAACGUUUUUGUUAAAUUUUACAGAUGCUGACGAUGUGAUUUGAAGAGCUCCUUUUAUAUUUCAAUUUUUUUUACUUUUAUUCCUUAUGGGAACGAGAGACAGGAAGUUGAAAAUAGCUACGACAGGAAUAUAUAGGUUAAGGGAAAUAAACAAUAAGGAGUUAUGACGUUCACUUCCCUUUCCCACUUUCAUUUAUCCAUGAUCAAUAGAAUGACUCUUAUCAUGAAAUUUUUAUAAAGAAAGUGCCAAUAUAUAUUUUCGUGAAGUCUUCUUUCAUUUUAUCAAGUUCUUAUAACGGUGGUUAAUUGAUCGAAACGGUUGAUAAUAAUACUGUAAAUAAUAAUGCAUGGUUUCGUCACAUUAUAUUUUGAUAAUUUAUAUAUACAUACAUAUUUUACGUAUGAAGGAAAGAUUACCCGCGCUUCCCCCACUCUCUCAAAAGAGACGAUAAUGCGUACGUUAAUCAAAAAAGAAAGAAAAGAAAAGAAAAAAAAAAGGAAAGAAAAUAAUUUUUUUUAAGUCUGCGUGCUCUUUGUGCGAGUUACUAUUCCCUUCGCUUUUAACAAUAUAAAUCAUACUUUUGUCUUCCACAUAGUUUGAAGUCAGCGAUAUCACGUUUUGGCUGUUUUUAAUACUCUAAGAUUAUAGGGACAUAUGUCAUGUAUUUUGUUAAUACUUCUCUCUCUACAAUCGCUUUAGAUUGUAAUCGAUUAUAUCUAGAAGAAUAUACAUCACUAUCUAUAAUAUUUUGCGCAUCUACAAUAACGUUCCGAUUGUAACGGUAAAGGUUUAUUUCAUUGACAAUAUACAAGGCUCGUCAUCGGUUAUAGUAUUACUGUAUAUUAACAACGAUUAUCACGAAAUAUUUGAUAAUCUUUACUUCCUAUUUCGAAGGUGAUAUAAAUGAUUUGAUGAACUAAUCGAUGUCAGAUAAGGCAAUAAAAAUGAUAUAUUUUUCAGCGUGA